UACGAUGAGUUCGAAAAGUGGUGUUAUAGAGUUUCCGGAAGACAACAAAUUUGUGCAUACAAAUAUGGCUGAUUACACUACGGAAUUGCUUGAUGGUAGUGAGUCAACUACAAAGAGUACAGCAACAGACGAACCACCUAAUCAAUUGUUUUUGUCAUCGUUGCUUUUCUUGAGCUCUGCGAUUUGUUCUCUAUUCGCAGCUUCAAUUCUAGUUCGUAGUUUUCCAUUUUUCGGUUCUACUCUCUCUUUGGUGAUCAUUCUAGUAACUAGAGAAUGGAAUAGGAUAUACGGUGGACUUUUGAGUCCAAAUCUGAAAGCAACAAUCAACUAUUCGACCGUUAUGAGAGAUCACAGAGAAUACAUUCCGUUAUACGACAUGGACUGGUUGUUCGGAGGAAGAUACAAGCCGUACUAUUAUGGAUGCACGGGACCUUCGAACAAUCCGGACAUGGAGAGAACGCCUGAUGACCCCGGAAGUCGUUCGCCGACGAAAGAGCGCAAGGAAGGAGAGGUUUUGAAGAAGGAUGACUGACUGGGCACUCUCAUUCUCACACAUUUUGCCGCGAAUAAAUAUUAUUUGAAU